AUAAUUAACAACGGUUGUACUUCCGGUUAGGUCAAAGUUUCUCAGCUAGUAGGAAAAUAAGCUGUCAUCCUGCUAGUUUAAAGAAAAGGAUACAUUUUUCUGUUAGCAUGGAUGUAAACCAGACCAAACAGGAGCACCUGCUCGCUUUAAAAGUGAUGAGGCUGACAAAACCCACUCUCUUCACAAACCUGCCGGUGACGUGUGAAGAUCGAGAUCUGCCAGGUGAUUUACUCGGUCAGCUCAUGAGAGACGACCCCUCCACCAUCAAAGGAGCAGAGACGUUGAUGCUGGGAGAGAUGCUCACGUUACCACAGAACUUUGGAAAUAUAUUUCUAGGUGAGACCUUCUCCAGCUACAUAAGUGUACAUAACGACAGCAGCCAGGUGGUGAAAGACAUUCUCGUUAAGGCUGAUCUGCAGACGAGCUCACAGAGGCUCAACCUGUCCGCUUCAAACUCUGCAGUGGCGGAGCUCAAACCUGAAAGCUGCAUCGAUGAUGUCAUCCACCACGAGGUCAAAGAAAUUGGAACACACAUCUUGGUCUGUGCUGUCAGCUACACCACUCAGUGCGGGGAAAAGCUCUAUUUUCGGAAGUUCUUCAAAUUCCAGGUCCUGAAGCCGCUGGACGUGAAGACCAAGUUCUACAACGCAGAGAGCGACCUCAGUUCUGUGACAGACGAGGUGUUUCUGGAGGCUCAGAUCCAGAACAUCACCACCUCACCGAUGUUCAUGGAGAAAGUGUCCCUAGAACCGUCCAUGAUGUACAACGUUACAGAGCUCAACAUCGUCACAAGUGGAGAUCAGGGAGAGUCAACGUUUGGCAAAAUGUCCUACCUGCAGCCCAUGGACACGCGGCAGUACUUAUACUGCCUGAAGCCGAAGCCCGAGUACGCAGAGAAAGCCGGAGUCAUCAAGGGAGUGACGGUGAUCGGGAAGCUGGACAUUGUGUGGAAGACCAAUCUCGGGGAGAGGGGGAGGUUACAGACCAGUCAGCUGCAGAGAAUGGCUCCAGGAUAUGGAGACAUCCGGAUGUCCGUGGAGAUGAUCCCUGAAACUGUAAACCUGGAAGAACCUUUUGACAUCACCUGUAAAAUCAUCAACUGCAGCGAGCGAACCAUGGACCUGCAGCUGGAGAUGUGCAACACGAGGACGGUCCACUGGUGUGGGAUAUCAGGACGGCAGCUGGGGAAGCUCACGCCUGGUGCCUCCCUCUUACUGCCCCUCACAGUCUUCUCCUCCGUCCAGGGUCUGCAGAGUAUUUCCGGACUGAGACUCACCGACACGUUUCUAAAGAGGACCUACGAAUACGACGACAUUGCACAAGUGUGUGUGGUCUGUCCGUUUUUGAACAAUGAGUGCUAGGAAUUUUAUCAGCCCUUUUUUUGCAUUUUAGAUAUGACUGGACCAACGGAGGAGUUUUUGCACUUGAAAUUUCACUCUUUUUCUUUUUGCAACCUAAUGAGAUGAUACUACAUUUUAAAAUGAACUGUGAAUAGCAUUAAUCUUUUCUUCUGGGAAAUAAUGUAAAUGUGUAAAAGUGUUAAUAAAUACUCUGUAAACUUUG